CAUUGACCGACUGUUAUCACCAUGUGUCUUUUUAUCACCUCAGUCCUCAAUAUUAAAUUCUUGAGAAAGAGAAACGUAUAAUUUUCAACUCAACGUGCCGAAUUUUCCACAACAUAAACAGGAAAACCCUUGACAAGAACUCUACAUGUCGACCACAGCUCCUAAAAUAUUCAUAGGAGGAGGUACCGGAUUCAUCGGUACAGUUCUGAGAAUCUUAUUUCAAAAUGAAGGAUACAACGUAAAAGUAAUCUCGAGAACUCCGGUUCAAGGAGGAGUAACUUGGUCAGAUCUAACUUUGAUGGAUUUACCAGAGAAUACAGCCGCUGUAAUUAACUGCUCCGGUGAAAAUGUACUGAAUCCGAAGUACAGAUGGAACGAAACGUUUAAGAAAAAAGUUUACAGUAGUCGAAUCAGCACCAAUGAUUUCCUGGUAGAGAUGAUCAAAGAAACCAAGUACAAACCGAAAGUAUUCAUUUCCAUGUCUGGCGUUGGUAUAUACAAACCUGACCCGGUGAAAGAAUACGACGAGUAUACGAAAAUAAACGAAGGCUUCGAUUACAUUUCGAAACUAGCUAUAGACUGGGAAAAAUCAACCGAACUACCUGAAGAUACCGAUGUCAGAAGAGUUAUAGUUAGAUCAGGUGUCGUUUUGGGUAGAACCGGUGGUAUGAUCAAACAAGUAUUUCCUCAGUUUUAUCUCGGAUUAGGUGGUCCUAUCGGAGACGGUAAACAAUUCUUCCCAUGGAUACAUGUUUAUGAUCUUUGUAGAAUGAUGUUAUACGCCGUUAAAAACGAAAAAGUCACCGGAGUUUUGAAUGGAGUCGCUCCUGAGAUCAUUACCAAUAAUCAGUUCACGAAAGCUUUCGGUAAAGCACUAUGGCGUCCUACAAUAACGCCGUUACCGGCCUUUGCAGUCAAAUUGAUAUUCGGUCAAGAACGUUCUGUGAUGAUGCUCGAAGGUCAAAAAGUUAUCCCGAAACGAGUCCAAGAAUUAGGUUUUGAUUAUAUUCAUCCUAGCAUUGACAGUGCCUGUACAGAGUUCUCAAAAUUGUUCUAUAUUCCUCCAGAGUGGAAAGGCAACUUCAAGCAACAAGUUCCUGAAAUUUCUUCUUAGUCAGCAGUAUUUGCAUUUACCUAGUGUGUUACUUAGUUUUGUAAAAUGAAGUUGAUUUUUUAAAAAAUAGUUCGUUCGAACUUCGAAGAGACGAACAAUGGAAUGUAACUUGAAAGAUGUGAUUAGUAAAUUAAUAAAGUCAACGAGAUCUUUUGAAUUUGGAAAUAAUUGAAAAUAAAGUCGGUUUGUUUAGGAAAUGUCCAUCGUCAUGCUCGAUUGUUUUUAUAUUAAUCAAGUGCAUAAAGUUGAACAAAUUAUGUAUGUAAAUAUUUCAUGUUGCAACGGUCAUGUUUGGAACAUUAUAGUUUGUUUUCGAUUUCA